CCUAGAUGUGCGUGUAGGUUAAAAAUAAACAAAGAUUUUAUUAGAGAAUACAAAAAUAAUUGUCGAGCGACGCAGACGGUUCAUCACCAGUGGCAAUCGCCGAUCGAUUUGGCCCUCAAAAAUCAACAAUUCGGAGGCUAAAAAUGUCAUCAAAGUGAAAAACAAGAGGAAAAAAAAAAUGAGAGAACCCAGUGGAGUGCAUGAACACCUGCAGACCUGACAAGAUCCCGUAGUGUCUCCAAAAAAAAAAGUGAAAAUAUGCCAACAGUAGCAAAUUCAUCUUUAACGUACGAAAUCCUCAUGUACCUCAACUCCUUCUAUUUUGGUAUAUUCGCUUUAAGUGAAUUGACAAUGGGUAUAAUAAAAGCCAUCGAAAUACCAUCACCAAACUCCGGCACAACCAUAACCGAAUUUUCACUCCUGAUAUUUCUCGUUGCAACUGAGGGUGGACGUGUCUACCUAGGAAGAAAAGGAAAUCUCACGGGUAAAGGACUUCUCAUACUACUAGGUAUUGCCUUGACAAUACCAUGUGUUCUUGCAAAUCUUUAUUUCCUCUUCUGGCAGAGCUGUGUCUUCAGACUGGAAGUCAUCCUCUGCAGCAUUGAAUUGGUGCUGCUUACAUCUGAACUAGUCAUCUCUGUGAUGUGCCUCAUUGCUGUUAAUCGUCCACCUCUUCCUGAGGAAUAGAAAAAAAAAACUCCAGUCACUCUAUGUUUAUUUAUUGAUUCAUCAUUCACCAUUCAUAAUUCUUCAUCAGGAAUCACUGGUCCCAUUGGGAUUACACAUGUGUGAGCAGCUGACGACGAGUAUUGUGAGUGAAUAUUGAAGUACGAAUGGUAAAUCAAUCAGAUCGAUUGAGACUGUUGCCAUCAUGUUGCGAGCUCUGGAACAACGAUAAUGGAAAUUUAAUGAUAAUUUCACUGCUCGUGUUUGUCAGUGGAAUUGUGGAUGGACGUGUCGACUUUGGAAGGAAAUCUCACCUCCUGAUAUGACUCGGUAUUGCCUUAACAAUACUCAGUGCCCCGGCAAUCCUUUACUUCCCCUACUCCAGCAGGAUUACAUCCUUAAACUAUGAGUGAUCCUCUGUAGUAAAAAAUUGGUACUGCUUACGUCUGAACUCGUCAUCUCUGUGAUGUGCCUUAUUACAGUUUAUCGUCCUCCUUCCCCUCAACAAUCGAGGAAAUAACUCGCUAUUUAUUUAUUUACUCAUAAUUGUUGGUUUAAUUGAGACUAAAGCAUGCGUGAACAACUGAUGACGAAUAUCGUCAGUAAACAUUAGAAAAUUCAUAGUAAAUCCAUCAAAUUAUCAGUUUAUUCUCUCAUCUCAUCAUUUUAAUCAUUCCAAACACUGCUCCGAGCAUAUUCCAAUACACAAUGGGAAUUUGCUCAUAAUUAGAACAAUCAAUUAAUGAUAUAUUAGAGAGGAAGAAAAAAUAUGCAACGAGACAUGCAUUUAUACAUUUGAUAGCGUAAAAACGGACGUCGUAGUGUUUCAGUUGCCUCAUGCUCAUGAAUAUAUUUAUAUUUUAGCUAGUUAACAUCACUCAUUGUCAUCAAUUGUUAUACCAUUGUACCUUGUUGUUUGUACAUGUCAAUGCAUGUACACUCUUGCUCAGUAUCCAUUUCUUCAUUAUCGAAGAUAUUUCUAGUCGAUCGAGCAAAUAUCGAGAUUACUUUAUCCACUAUUAUAUACCAAAAGUCGACAAUUUUUUUUUCUCCGCUUUUAGUGCCUUCAUCCUCACAUAAUUCUGCACGUUAGUCAGUCACUGAUUAUUAUUGUGUGUUUAGCUAGGAUUUUCAAUGUUUGAUAAAAUUUAAUAAAUGAUAAUGCCCUGUGCCUUGUAACUUAUGAUGAAUAAAUUAUCUAGUCUUAUGAU